AUGUGUGAAAGAUGUGGAGUGUGUUUCACUGAACCAUCGCAGUUGGCCACACACAGACAACGAUGUGGAAGUCUGGAUCGGAUCCCCAUGCCAUACGAUCCACCGGUGGAAAACCACUACCCGUACAGAAACACCAACUUUUAUCCGCGUAUCCAUAAAAACCUCAAUGGUGUGGAUUGUGCCAAAAUGGACGACGAGGUCGUGCCAGAUAAAUUAUACCAGGAUCACAGCAACGGCGAUUUACAUAAAAAGAGAAAAAGAAAAGACGAUGACGAAAACGAUGAACACCGAUCACCCUUCCGUUCAAAUCAAAAAUGUAUACUAAAUCUUGACAAAAGAAUGAGUAAUUUUCUACAUGAUAAGAGAAACACUCGUUCCGACAUUGACAAUGAUACAGUCAUGAAAGAACGAAGAUUUGACAUCGACAGUCAAGACGAGAAAGUUAAAUCACUGGGAAAUCCCGAAGACAAUUCAGAAGAACUACUUUCAAAACCAUUCCAAAAUGGAGAAGAUCCGGCAGUGAUCUGGGCAAUGCAAGCUGCCGAGAAAGGGUUGUUUGGUGGCGGUGACUGUUUGGGUGUGGGCUCUGCUGCGUCCAAUAGCUCGACAAAGUCUCCCUGUGGCAACAGACUGACCUCCUCAGGCACCAUGUCAGAUGAAGUCAGCAUGUUUCAUAACAUGCUGUUUCAGCUUCAGCAACAGCAAGUGAUGCAGAUUCAGAUGAUCCAACAGAUGAGACGGCAGCUGAUCGCUAACGGCAUCAACCCCAACUUGCUACCGGCUGACAUCGACCUCAAGCUCAUGUCCAGCGAGAGCCUGGCCUCUGUCGGCGCCGCUAUGUCGGGACUACAAAACCACAGACUCUCUCUAGAAACAUCCAGAGACGUGUUGAAAUUUGGUCUUCAAAACCACAGACGCUCUUUAGAUUCACCCCAGCACUUUGUGAAAUCAACACCACCCCCAGCCAUGUUACUGUCAACUCCUGAAAGAGAUGCAUCCAGAUAUUCUUCGCCGCUACAGGCAGAAGUUCUUGACAAACGAGAAGAUGACACUCCAUCUCCUGGCUCAGAGUCUUCUGAUAAGCAGCAUAAUUUACACCUUGGCGAUAGAAACACCGCUCCAUUUGACUCUGGCUAUUCCAAAGAACAGCCGUCAUUAACAAGCUUAUAUAGGAAUCCUCUGGAAAUCCUUCAAGAAAGGACUGCUGCCUCCUUGACAUCCCACCAGCUACCUCUGGGACUUCGAUCAUCGUCCUCCUCAACCGUUAUAAAAUCCUCUAGUUCAAGUCUUCUCAAUUCCAAUGCCCUCUUUGCGAGUUCGCCAUCUUUGAGUGCUCUUCAAAAAGAGACGGAUGCAUUGAUGCCAUCGCCACUACUACCUCCAUUGUCGGUGCCAAUGUCCGCGGAAGAUUACAAGGGUUAUAUACAACGUGGUACAAGUGAGUACUUCUAA